AUGUCAUCACAGAGCAACAUGCCACCCAUUAGAUUUACUUCGAUCAUUCCCCAUAAAGCAGUCCUCACUGAGGCUAACAUCAACGAUCAAUCAGGCAAAGUGUUCAUUGUAACAGGAGGCACUGGGGGUAUCGGCAAGGAACUGGUCAAAAUCCUUUAUGAUCAAAAUGCCAAAGUUUACAUCGCGGCUCGUUCCAGUACCAAGACUAGAGCAUUCAUUCAAGAGCUCGAGGAAACAUUUCCCAAGUCAAGAGGCGUCGCCAUCUUCCUCAGGUUGGAGCUUGAUGAUUUGACAACAAUCAAGGCAUCAGCUGAGGAAUUUUUGGCUCAUGAGAAUCGCUUAGAUGUUCUCUGGAACAAUGCAGGCGUAAUGAUUCCACCCAAAGACCAAAGGACUAAACAAGGCUAUGAAUUGCAGCUCGGUAUCAACAACAUUGGGCAUUUUCUUUUUACACACUUCCUCACACCCAUUCUCGAGAAGACUGCGAAGGCAUCGCCGCAGAACUCAGUGCGAGUGAUCUGGGUAUCUUCAAGUGCCGCCGAUUCGACUCCUAGACCAGCAAUCGACUUCUCGAACAUGGAUUACGCAAAAGACGAGGGCAUGUGGACACCUUAUAUGCGGAGCAAAGCAGGUAGUGUCAUACAUUCUGUCGAGUUUGCCCGACGCAUGGCAGACUCUGGUAUCAUCAGCAUUGUGAGCAUCUAG